GCACACCGAAUCAUCACUCACGGUCAGAGUUUCUGAGAAAGAGGACAAGAUGCGGGCAGUUUUAUCUCUGCUGUUCGUAACUCUGUGUUCAAACAGUGCCUUUACGUCCCCGCUGAAGACUGGUCAAGCUGGAGAAAACCUGGUGUCCAAGGAUGAAGUGAACAUCCUGAUGUAUGGCGUGCUGCAGUUUAGUGAAUCCCUGCACCACAUGUACCAGAGCACAGAGGCCAGACUGGCCCGCGUCAUGACAGCCGUGAGCCGAACUGAGAGCGAGGUGAAGAAACUAGGCUACGACACAGAGGCCGCGGCACAAACCAAACAACAGAUCAAAGAGAAGCUUCAGCUCAUCAAGGCUCAGACGAAAGCGCUGCAGAUUCAGGUCCAAGAGAACAGAGGUAAAGUCACCAGGGUAGAGCUGGAAGAGGCACAGCUGAAGAAAAAACUCCACAGCAUGGAGGAAAACCUGAACAGCUCCGUCUCAGACACCUUCAAGGGCAAACCACUUAAAAAUAUCUUUAUCAGGGAGGACUUGAUGAAGUGGACACAAGAACAGAAACUCAAAUUGCAGAAUCAAAACCAGCAGAUGUCUGAUUUACAGAAACUGAAUAUGGUGUGACCACUAAAAUCAGCUAUGAGGAAGAAGCACAAUCCUGAUCAACACUCCAUUCCCGGCACUGCAGAUGGAUCUCAGAAAUAUAACACCGAUGACAAUGAUGAUUGUUUUUCACACAAGUUGGGUCUCUUUCAGAAACAUCAGCAGAAGAGAAUCUCUAAAACAUAAAAUUCCCAAUCACAGACACCAUUUGUCAAAUAUAAAGCUACAUUGUACCAUUUUAUACAUAAUGAUCAUUAUAUUUGUUUGGGUUUGUUGUUAGUAACUUAUACUGAAAUACUGAAAUAUAAUAACUUAUAACUGAAAAAAUGUAACUGUUGUGUUAAGAAAUCAAUACUGUUAUAGUGUAAACUUUAUUUAUUAACAGAAUAAAAAUCUGUGUUUUUCUAAGUAC